AUGGUUAAAAAGAAACGACUGAAAAGAGCGCAAAGGCGUCUAUUAACAACUUGUAAAAGAAGCGAACUAAUUAAAUAUUUGCAAAAUGAAAUUCAAAGCUCGAGUAUACACGGUUUGCCAUAUAUAGUUGAUCACAAAAUUAAUUGGAUAGAGAGAAUAUUUUGGAUAGUAAGUUUUGUGUGUUCUUUGAUAAUUAUAUACACUUUAAUAUCAUCGCAAUUCGCCAGAUUUAUUAACUCACCUACUGUGAUGAGCGUAGAAAUGGAUUAUUUGGAAUGGAAUAUUUCUUAUCCAGCACUGACACUGUGUCCUCUUAUAAAAGCAAAUUUUACAAGUUUUAAUAAACUUGUUGAUAAUCUUUAUAACGAAACUGGAAUGUAUCUAGAGAAAUAUGUUUGGGCUGUAAGCAUUGCUGCUGAAUAUAAUUUAGAUGCCUUGGCUCUCACUGAUCCUAAUAAUACAAAUCCCAUAAAUCCCGCGGACUAUGCAAAAACGGCUGCACAAUUGUUCAAACAAUUCGACAAACAAGCACUCACUUCAAACUUCAACUAUUCUAUUUCCAUACAAUCAGCAAUGACUGAAAUGGGAAUGUGUCAUGUCAUAAACUCUAACGUUGCUGUAUUUGACGACCCAAAGAAAUGGAAUAAUGAAAUCGUAACAUAUAUCAAGAAAAAUGUGGAAUUAUCAGUGUUUGAUGCCGACUUCUAUACUGAAAUAAUCAACGACGAUGCUCUUUCUUAUGUAUUUAUACAUAGCCCCGAUGAAACUAUUCUCAGUACUUCUCCUUCGUACACAGUUGAUAAAGAUGGCUUUAUAACGUACGGAUUUCAAAUCUGGAGCACAAAAGUUUCAAAAGAGCUUCGGGCUACCUCAAUACAUGUGCGAAAAUGCAGAUUUCUAGAUGAACCGAUUAGCACAAGAUAUCCCGUUUAUUCCUACAAUAAUUGCUUAUUAGAAUGCCGUAUUCAACUGAUUUUAAAGUUAUGUGGCUGCGUUCCACAUUUUUAUAAAAGAACAGGUCACGAGCGAACAUGUAAAAUAUCUGAACUCAAAUGUUUUCUUCAAUAUAGAAGAGAAAUUAUGGGGCUGUCAGUUUCUAAUGACACACAAAAUAAAUUUACUACAAAAGGCAAGUUACCUAAGUCAUCGAAGGAUUGUAAAUGUCUGAGUAACUGCGAAACAGAUAUAUAUCGCAAGGACAGCGAGGAUCUCAUGCCCGAUUCUUCUGCGAACCGAUUAAGAAUAAUCAUUUCCUUUCCAAAGAUCAGAAUUGUGAGAGACAUUAUCUUCAGUUUCUCUGAUAUUUUCUUGAGAUGCGGUGGUGUCAUAAAUACCUGCAUAGGUUCAUCGGUGAUUUCGUUAAUGGAGUUAAUUAUGGUUUUUAUUCGUAUACCAAUAUUUUUUUUCACGAAAAUAUUCUUCGAUUUAAUCAACGAAAUUAGAUUUAAUUGA